AUGGUCUUCAUCUUCCUCUUCCUCUUUCAACUCUUCAGGGUACGGCCCUGGAGGAAACUAUUAUACAUCAAGCAACCAUAUCCAGAUAACUAUACAGAUCCAUCAUUCUUAUCACAAUUGAAGAGAAACUCCACAGUACAGAAAUAUUCUUAUUGGAAAUUAGUUAAGGAUUUUUCAUUGAUUUCAUUACACUUAUCUACUUUGGCAAUUGUUCAUAUUGUGUUUUUCGGGAUUUAUAAUUUCAAUUGGGAUCCAAUAUUACCUUCAUCUUUAGGUUCUAUUUUAUCCAUAAUUUGUUAUACAAUUUUCAAGAUUUAUGAUGAUAAUUCUUCAACAAAGGGGUUGAAUGCUUUCAAAUCAUCAAUUUUGAUAAUGUUUUCCAUUUUAACAUUAUCUCCUGUGUUGAAAUCAUUAAGUGAAUCUACUUCAUCCGAUUCAAUUUGGAGUUUAUCAAUAUGGUUAUUAAUCUGUAACUUGUUAUUCACUGAUUAUCAUUUUGAUAUCAAUGAGAAAUUUAAACCUGUCUUUUCCAUGAAUAUCUUGAUUGCAAAUGUCAUUGUAUUAGCAUCAAGAUUAGAAAGUACUGGCUCUGUUUUUUGUUUUAUUUUAUUUGCUUUUGAGAUUUAUGGAAUGUUUCCAUUUUUUGACAUUUGGGUAAGGAAAAAUUUCUCAUUGGUUCAUUGGUGUUUAUUGUUAAUUAUUGGAAUCAUGGUUGAUUUCUUCAUUUGGAAAAUGAGUGGUGCUAAAAUGUUGAUUGUUUGGAUAUCACUACAUUUUUUCGUUGUUUUAAUUUCUCCAUUAUAUUUCCUUGAAUUACAAAAAUAUAAAAAUGAACUACAAGGUCCUUGGGAUCCUGCAAAACCAAUCAUUUGA